GCGGCAGGCGUGCGCGGGGCGGCGGCGCCCAAGCGGACACGGAGCCGGUCAGCAGCAGCCGCGGCGGCGCUGCAGGGACGAGCGCCCAGGUCGCUCCAACCUUCCUCGCUGGACUCCGAGGCCCAGGACUGGGCAGUUUCGUCUGGCCUAGGAGUCUCAAGGGUCGGUCUGGGGUUCUAGCAGCCACAGCUGCGAGCUCUCCCGGCCCCGCCCCCCACCCCCGCGUGGAAGAUGCCUGAACAGAGCAACGACUACCGAGUGGUGGUGUUCGGGGCGGGCGGCGUGGGCAAGAGCUCGCUGGUGCUGCGCUUCGUCAAAGGCACGUUCCGGGACACCUACAUCCCCACCAUUGAGGACACCUACCGGCAGGUCAUCAGCUGCGACAAGAGUGUGUGCACGCUGCAGAUCACUGACACCACAGGCAGUCACCAGUUUCCGGCCAUGCAGCGGCUGUCCAUCUCCAAGGGCCAUGCCUUCAUCUUGGUCUUCUCGGUCACCAGCAAGCAGUCGCUGGAGGAGUUGGGCCCCAUCUACAAGCUCAUCGUGCAGAUCAAGGGCAGCGUGGAGGACAUCCCCGUCAUGCUGGUGGGCAACAAGUGCGACGAGACCCAGCGGGAGGUAGACACCCGCGAGGCCCAGGCUGUGGCCCAGGAGUGGAAGUGCGCCUUCAUGGAAACUUCAGCCAAGAUGAACUACAACGUCAAGGAGCUAUUCCAGGAGCUACUCACGCUGGAGACACGCCGGAACAUGAGCCUGAACAUCGACGGCAAGCGCUCCAGCAAACAGAAGAGGACAGACCGCAUCAAGGGCAAAUGCAUCCUCAUGUGAGCCCAGAGAGCCCGCCACCGCCGCUGGCACCCCUUUGUCCCAGGCACAGGCCUCUCCCCAAGUCCUGCGCCCUCUUCCUCCUCCCUUUCUCCUCCUCUCCUGGCCUCUCUCCCAUUUCUUCCACUUCUCUCCCUUCAUCCACCAUCUCCGGCGGGGAAACUGAGGCCUUGCCGAACCUGUGGCAGAUCUGGGCUUGUGGCAGCCCAGCUCUGUUGCAUCACUCUGCGGUUCCCUCCCUCUUUGCCCCGACCCCCCAUCCUGUCUGUAUCCCCAGAAGGCGAGUGCUGGAGGUGGCCCCCAUGAUCUGCACGUGGGAAAACAGGCGGCGGGGGGGAAGCUGUUUGUCCCCAUCUGGACUGAGGACGCCGGUUUUUUUCCCCAUCUCCAUGUCUGCCACUUCUGCCCCUUCCCCUUGGGUCCCCCCAUUAGAUCACUGUGACCUUGCUGGGGAGGAGGGAGUUGAAAUGCACAUGGACCUCAGAUUUUGUUUUCUCCUAUUUGGUGUUUAAUAUACACUCCCCUCCCCCUUCCAUCCCUCAUGACCUCUGACCUGGGCCCCCCCAACCCAGGUCCCAGACUACUCCUCUCGCUCCCAUCCCCACAGCUUGGUGGGGGGCUUUGCGGGCUGGGUCUCAGGCUGCCAGGCAAUAACCAAACAGGGCCCUCAGCAGUGCCCCACCAGCCCGGAAUCCCACUCCACACCUGGCCUGGGCCUGGGGUGCAGGCAGAGGAGGCCCAGAACCGGCCAAUGGCCACAGCACAACUCCAGGAGACUGUCUGGGAUGAAUGUGGAGGGCCAUCCUGGACACAGCCCAUGGACAGAGAGUGACACAGCUUGUCACCACUGAGCCUUGGGCAGGGAGUUGGGGAGGGGGAGCUGGACCCUGUCAGAGGCAGGCAUCCGGACCCAGCGCUAGCAGGGUCCGUGGGGCUGGAGACGGAGCUCUGCCCAACCUGUUGCCUCCAUCUACUAGGCCAUGGGGGCUGCCCAGGAAGGUGUGUGUCCCGGAGUCCGGGUGUGCCUGCCACCCUGAGAUUAUGUUUUUGUAAGUGUCUAGAUGACACCACACUCAUGGGACCUGGUGAGGCUGUGUCGG